CAACGUCCUACCUUGACGUGCCCUGCCACGAAGAAGACUCACCCACCAUCCAUCCCCCCCGGACCAUUUCAUUGACCGGGCAGCCGGCAUCGCGGCGCCCUCUGGCGCAACACCGCACUGCGCGACGACACCUGCUGCUGGUCGACUCCGCAGCCACUCCUCCCUCCGGCCGGCCUCCAUCAUUACCAUCUCUCAUAACCCGGCUGACCCCGUCUCACGGCAUUAUUAUCCAGAGUCUUGACCAGCGACGUCACCCGUCUGCUUCGCACUGCAUCAAGCAAUUGGUCCAUCGAUACACAGUCCUUCGUACAGCUGCUGCCGUCCACGCGACUUGCGACGCACCUUCGUCCGCACCUGGCCUACCUUCUUGACAGGUCGUGCGUGACGCCAUCAUGGCCAAGGUCUUUGAUGCCGCCGAGGUGGCCAAGCACAACACGCCCGACAGCUGCUGGGUCAUUCUUUACGGCAAUGUCUACGACGUGACCGAGUUCCUUACCUCACACCCCGGUGGCUCCAAAAUCAUCCUCAAGCUUGCCGGCAAGGAUGCCACCGACGACUACGAUCCCGUCCAUCCGCCUGGCACCCUCGAGGAGAACCUUCGCCCCGAGGCCAGGCUGGGCCAGGUCAACCCCGACUCCCUCGUAAGGGCAAAGGUCCCUGACGUCAAGACCGACGCCCAAGAUGACGCCGCCGACCAGCGCCCGUCCCUCGAGUCGCUGCUCAACCUCGACGAGAUCGAGGCCGAGGCCACCAGGCGCAUCCCCAAAAAGGCCUGGGCCUACUACUUCUCCGCCAGCGACGACCUCUGGUCCAAGACCAACAACAACGCCGCCUACCGCGACAUCCUCCUGCGGCCCCGCGUCUUCGUCGACUGCACCGCCUGCGACAUGUCCACCUCCAUCCUCGGCAACAAGGUCGGCGUCCCCUUCUUCAUCGCCCCCGCCGCUAUGGCUCGCCUCGCCCACCCCGACGGCGAGCACGGCAUGGCCAAGGCCGCCGCCCGCUUCGGCGCCAUGCAAGUCGUCUCCAACAACGCCUCCAUGACCCCCGAGCAGAUUGUCGAGGGCGCUGCUCCCGGCCAGGUCUUCGGCUGGCAGCUCUACGUCCAGAAUCACCGGGACAAGAGCAUCGCCAUGCUCAAGCGCAUCAACGCCAUGAGAGACCGCUUCAAGUUCAUCGUUCUCACACUCGACGCCCCCGUUCCUGGCAAGCGUGAGCUCGACGAGAAGUCAAAUUUCGAGGGUGGAAACAACGUCCAGGCUGCCGCCUCGGGCAACGACGACGCCAAGCGACCCGGCGGUGGCGGCGUGGGACAGCAGCUCUUCUUCGGCACUGCCUGCGACCUCACCUGGCAGACCACGCUUCCCUGGCUGGCAGAACACACCGACUUGCCCAUUGUCCUCAAGGGUCUGCAGACGCACGAGGACGCCUACCUGGCCGCUCAGUACGCGCCUCAGGUCAAGGCCAUCAUCCUCUCAAACCAUGGCGGUCGCGCCAUGGACACGGCGCCGCCCGCCGUCCAUACGCUGCUCGAGAUCCGCAAGUACUGCCCCGAGGUCUUCAGUAAGAUCGAGGUCUGGGUCGAUGGCGGCAUCAGGAGAGGGACAGACGUCGUCAAGGCCUUGUGCCUCGGCGCGACUGCCGUUGGAAUCGGUCGAGCGCCGCUUUUUGGCCUUGGCGCUGGCGGCCAGGCGGGUGUCGAGCGUGUCCUUGAAAUCCUCGCAGCCGAGACAGCCACAUGCAUGCGCCUGCUCGGCGCCAAAAACAACUCGGAAUUGGGCCCCAGAUUCGUCAAUACUCGACGUGUGGAGAGGGAUAUAUACGACGGGGAUCCGGGGCUGGACAAGCGGGGGUUGUGGACAAAGGCGAAACUGUAACACGCCUUGCACGACUAGCGGCAUGUUGACGUAUGGUUGAAUGCCCAUGUGGAGGCUAUUCAAACGCAAUGUGAGGACAGCCUCGGCUGGUCAGCCCCGAUGCGGGUGGAGGAGCGACUUCGGAAUGGCGUGCAUGUCGCCAACCGGGGCCCCCUAGAUUUAGAGCAAGGGCGGCUCGUGCGACGUCGACUCUGCAGCGGAUGGCGUUCGCAGAUGGUCAUACCCAAAUCAUGUACAUGCAUCUUGCCAUGACUUUCUAUCUGCCGUUUAGAGCGGCGCAGUGGCGCGAUGACGUCCAGACCAGCCGCUGAUCAAACAAGCGGAUAGGAGAUGAGGAUGGACGGCUGGGGCAUGCACAUUCAUCGACUCUGAAACCGCAGGGUCCCCG